AAGAUGGCGGUAAUUCGCUUUGUUUGCAAACUGCCAAUAAAAACCACAGAAGAAGAACAUCCUCAUUGGGAAGUUUUGUGUUGCUGGUGAACAUCUGUGAGCGUUUCUUCCUGUGGUUUUGUCUUCACGUGGAUUACUCUUCGACUGAUUAUUCUUCUUUCUGUCUGUCCUGGACUGUUGCUAUUGUGGACUGAUUUAUAUUGGAGAAAAACACAGGGAUCACAGUUCGCACCUGCAAUUCACCAAUAAAUACUGGGAAUAUUCCCAUCAUCCUACAAGAGAAGGACAAACUCCAGGAGUAGCAGCUGAAAUCUGUGUGACUGUUAAAGAUGGAGUUUAUUAAAGAGGAGAUUGAAGACGUGAGUGAUUCAGAACCAUCCAGAAUAAAACUUGAAGAUACUGAGGAACAAACAGACCAGAUGAGAAUGGAAGAGCAAAGACAAGAACUGAAUGAAGAGGAAGAGGAACAUUGUAACUUUACAAUUCAAAGAACAUUAGCCAAAAAUAUGCACACCUGCACUCAGUGUGAAAAGAGUUUCACUGAGAAAAGAAACCUUAAGAGACACAUGAGAAUUCACACUGGAGAGAAACCGUAUACAUGCACUCAGUGUGGAAAGAGUUUUACUCAUGACUCAGGUCUCCGUCACCAUCUGCGCAUUCACUCUGGAGAAAAACCAUUUAACUGUGAUCUAUGUGGUAAAGAUUUUAUUUCAUCAGCAAAUCUAAAAUCACACCUGAAUGUUCAUUCAGAUGAGAAGCCCUAUGUGUGUUCUCUCUGUGGAAAGAGUUUUUCACGGCAGAUAAGUUUUAAACUGCACCAGAAAACACACAAUGAAGUGAGAGAUUAUAUGUGUUUUGACUGUGGGAAGAGCUUUACUGCAUCUCGUGAUCUGAAACGGCAUCAAAGAACUCAUACUGGAGAAAAACCUUACAAGUGCUCAUAUUGUGACAAGAGUUUCACUCAUUCUGGAAACCUGAAAUCACACGAGCGAGUUCACACUGGAGAGAAGCCGUACGACUGUGCUCAGUGUGGGAAGAGUUUCACCCAAUCAAGUAGUCUAGGGAAACAUAUUAGAAAGCAUUGUUCUGUGUCACAGUGAGCAAAUGUUUUGUUAGAUACACAAAGUAAAUGUGUGGUUAGUUAACUAAUAAACUAGUGUUACUGUGAAAUGCU